AUGGAUCGUGGAAAGGCAAUUGUAGAUGGUGGAGUGUUGGUUGAGGGUACUAGUGGGUUACUUCUUCACGAGAAGUUGAAGGCCGAGUUAGAGCUAUCUGAUUCAGAAGGCAGUCUGGAACCAAUGAACCCACCCAACCUCUCUAAGUGGGAUGAAGAAGAAGAUGAUGUGGAAUCUGAGGUGGAGCCCGACGAAGAUCCUGAGGAGGAGCCCGAGGAAGACCCUGAUGAGGAACCCGAAGAAGUCCCUGAGGAGGAACCCAGGGGAAAUCACGUGGAGUACCAUGUGGAACAAAGAUAUGAAACGUUCCAUAUGCCCUAUGUUGAGUACACGCCAACUAGUCCUGGUACCUAUUAG